ACUCCCAGAUAGUGAAGCUAAAGAUGAUACGGAUCAAAUUUCUCAGUUAGAUGGAUUCUUGACCUCAAAUGAGCAGAUAAUUUGACAGAGCUGGCCGUUUUGAGUGUUGAUAGAACAAAAAUACUUGCAUCGAUCGGUAUCCUUUCAAAUUUGGCGCUGUUUGCUCCGCCUUUAAACGGAUAAGCCUGUUAGCUUAGGGUGCUGUAGACUGGGUCAGUCUCUAAAUGUAACAUCAAUAAUUAAGACUUUUUACAUUUUUUAAACUCAUGUUCUGAGUGUCUUUCAAAUGGAAGUGACAGACAUAGGAAAUAAAGAAGAGGGAAAGGUCUGGCAUCGAAAAGCAACAGCAGGUAAAGGGUAAGUGUUCAACAGUUUUAUUAUGGUGAGUGUUUGGGUUUGUGGAACUUCUUUCUCACUCUGCCAGUCUCAUCUAUUAUUGUGUCAGAUUUCUCUAAAAAUGUUAUUUGAGUCUUAGUAAUGUAACCGGGUGAAGACCUGUGUUUAAUGCCUUUUCAGAGACACUUGUUGCAUCCUUCACUAAUUCAUGCAUCCUCCUGUAAACUCUUCUAUUUAAACUCUGACUAAAGUUAUAAUUUACAUUAUCUCUCUUAAAGGAUGGGACUUUAUCAUUUGAGCUUAACGUUUGUUGCUGAAAGCAUAUGGUAAAAUUAGUUUACUGGCUUUACUGUUGUUGAAUAAAAGCGAUAUUUAUUGAUAUAUCUCCCUUUUAUAAUCUUCUUUCAGAAUAACGUAUAUAUAGUGCUGGACGAUAAUUCGAUAACAAUAUAUAUCGAUCGAUAGACGUGUGGUGCGAUAGAAAAAAAACGGGUCGAUAAAAAGUUCGAUAGAAAAACACAGUUUCCCUUUCUUUUUCAUCAUAGCCUAUCAUGUAGCUUUUACUACAGUCAUUACUUCCUCCCAACCAAUCACAAACGCAGACCCAGGUACGCUACGGCACCAAGCCCAGCCCCUAUCAAACCACAACAGACAGCACGUGUAUUAGAAACAAUGAUACAGCAAGGAGAAGCGGAGGACAUUGUCCCGAAAAAAGGUUUCAGUAGUUCACCAGCAUGGCAAUGUUUUGGUUUUUAGAAGUCUGACAAAAAGCGAACAGCGGUCGUUUGCAAAAUUUGCAGAGAAUUAGUAAAAACGAAGUCUGGUAACACAACCAACUUGUUUUACCAUCUAAACCGAUCGCACCCGCAGGAGUACGAGCUGUGUCGGCCGCGCCGCGGCUCCACGUCAUCGUCGGAGGAAUCCUCUGGAACCGCUGCCAGCACCAGCACAAAGCAUGUGAAGCAGACCAAACUGGACUUCGUUUCUUGCCAAAAAUACGACAAAGCGGCAUAAGGACAUCACCCAUGCAGUAACAUGCUCCAUAGCGAGGGACAUACUGCCAAUAACUACCGUUGAAAAGCCUGGCUUCGACCAGCUUCUAGCCACUCUCGACCCGCGAUAUGAAGUGUCCGGCCGCAAGUAUUUCUCAAACACAGCGCUUCAGGCAUGAAAAUGGGUCAGGGGUUGAAAAGGUGAGAAGGGUGCGGAGGAAAUACGUUCCGGUGUAGCUUCUUAAAGUGGAAGAAAAUGAGCUCAUAUUUUACAAAGACGCGAGUAUUUGGAUCAUGGCUUCUAGCAGGGGGUGCAUUCGGCAGGGGUGCAUUCUACGACACAACACCGGCGUGGAUAAGUCCUGCUUCUCGUGCUUAGUUUGUGUAUUAAGUCAAUCACAUGAUAAUUAAAAAAAAUAAAUCUCCCGACCCCGGGAGAAAUAUUUCAGUGUUCAGACACCAGGCUGUGGGCAGUUUCCCACACGGUUAAAACUGGUAGUAUGCUAUUCCCACCUAAAGCUAUUCUGUUUAUUUAUAUAUUUGUUUAUUUUCAUCAAAAGACUAUUUAAAUAUUUAUUUAUCAGAUUUUUUGGUCACUUUAGUCUUUAUGUUUGUCAGUAUUUACUGACGUCACUCAGGCCACUUAAGUUAAUUCCUUUUUUUUUUAGUUCUUUUUUAAAAAACUUUCAGUUGUGGUAAAAUAAAAAAGGUGGUUUAAUAAAGGUUUGAAUUUGAAUUCAGUGCUUGUGUGUUCUUUAUUAAAAGUAGGUCAUUAAGCAAUAGCAUAAAACAUCCAGGGCUGCAAUUAAAAUAUAUGUUAAAUAAUUAUAACAAUUAUAUCGAUAAUUAUCGAUAUCGAUCAAUAUGAUUUAUUUUUUAUCGAUAUACUUUUUUUCUAUAUCGUCCAGGCCUACGUAUAUAACAAGGGUUCACAGUUAAAAAAGCAAUAAAUACAAAUAAAAUUAUGUAGACCUUCAGGACCAACAGUGCAUUGAACACAAAAAUCAUCAUCAUUACUGUUGUUUAACAAUUUCAUAGAAGUUGUGAAAUUGUGAUGAACGUAAAUAAAAACAGAAUACAAUGAUUUGCAAAUCCUUUUCAACCUAUAUUCAAUUGAAUACAUUACAAAGACAAGAUAUUAAAUGUUCAAACUCAUUCACUUUAUUUUUUAUUUUUUGCAAAUAAUCAUUAACUCAGAAUUUCAUGGCUGCCACACGUGCCAAAGUAGUUGGGACAGGGGCAUGUUUACCACUGUGCAUCACCUUUCCUUUUAACAACACUCAAGAAACGUUUGGGAACUGAAGGAGACUAAUUGUUGAAGCUUUGAAGGUGGAAUUCUUUCCCCUUCUUGCUUGAUGUACAGCUUCAGUUGUUCAACAGUCCGGGGUCUCCGUUGUCGUAUUUUACGCUUCAUAAUGCACCACACAUUUUCAAUGGGAGACAGGUCUGGACUGCAGGCAGGCCAGUCGAGUACCCGUACUCUUUUACUAUGAAGCCACGCUGUUGUAACACGUGCAGAAUGUGGCUUGGCAUUGUCUUGCUGAAAUAAGCAGGGGCGUCCAUGAAAAAGACGUUGCUUGGAUGGCAGCAUAUGUUGCUCCGAAACCUGUAUGUACCUUUCAGCAUUAAUGUUGCCUUCACAGUUAUGUAAGUUACCCAUGGCUUUUGAACUUUGCGUCGAUAACAGUCCGGAUGGUUCUUUUCCUCUUUGGCCCGGAGGACACAACGUCCACUAUUUCCAAAAUGCUAUGUCGCUUACGUGCAGCGACUUCUCUAGAUUCUCUGAACCUUUUGAUGAUAUUAUGGACCGUAGAUGUUGAAAUCCCUAAAUUAAUUGCAAUUGUACUUUGAGAAACGUUGUUCUUAAACUGUUCGACUAUUUGCUCACGCAGUUGUUCACAAAGUGGUGAACCUCGCCCCAUCCUUACUUGUGAAUGACUGAGAAUUUUGGGGGAAGCUGCUUUUAUAUCCAAUCAUGGCACCCACCUGUUCCCAACUAGCCUGCUCACCUGUGGGAUGUUCCAAAUAGGUGUUUAAUAAGCAUUGCUCAAAUUUCUCAGUGUUUUUUGCCACCUUUCCUAACUUCUUUGUCACGUGUUGCUGCCAUCAAAUUCUAAAGUUAAUGAUUAUUUGCAAAAAAAACACUAUAUUUUAUGAGUUUGAACAUUAAAUAUCUUGUCUUUGUUGUGUUUUCAAUUGAAUAUAGGUUGAAAAGGAUUUGCAAAUCAUUGUAUUCUGUUUUUAUUUACAUUAAUCACAAUUUCCCAACUUCAGUGGAAUUGGUUUUUGUAGAUCACAGCUGAUUUUGCAUGUGCAUGAAACCCAAGGUCCAAUGUCUUUUAGAUUUGCAUGCCAACAGGUAUCUGCUGUUGAUGAUUAAAUUCUGUAGAGCAGUAUGUAUGAAAAUACAAAAAACUGUUUUAAUUAAAAAUAACAGAGCUGUAAUUAAAAAGUAAAGUGAGCUGAAUUAAUACAAGUAAAAUAUUGAUGCAGAUAGUAAAGUAGAUGUUACCUGCUAUGCAAAAAUGGGCUUGAAUUGAAUGAAUACAGAAAUAAAAGUGGUCAUUGUGCAAAUAAAUAAACAAUGUUAAAUUAUAGUAUUGCUGAAAUGACUUGCAAAUUUGGUUGAUCAAGCUUAAUUUGUAUCCACCUUUAGUAUUUCUGUUCUCUCUAAUAAGGUCAAUGCAAAAAGAGCCCAUCUAUGUGCAACAAUGUGCUCAGUAGAAAAUAAUAUAAGUAAGCAAGCAUAUGAAAUUAUAUUCACACAGUGCCUUUAAAUGUAGUUACAAAGAGAUCCACCAGCAAAGAAAUAAGACAACACAAUAAGACAUCGUAUUUGCAAAUGAAAGUACAUCAAUCAAACAAAGUAAUACACAGCCAGAAAAGUGGGAAUGAGACUUACAUAAGAGCUUGUUAUUGUUUGUCCUGAUGAGUAUCGACAUAUGAUGUGUCAUUUCAUUUCAUUCAUGGUAUUUCAACAGGAAUUAAUUACAGAUGAGCAUCCACUUACCUCUGACAGUUCCCUUUGUUUCUUCACACCCUCAUGUCAGGCUUGGUUUUGGAAAGAGGAAGAGAAGUGCCUGAGGGCCAGAUUAGUAGUGUUUGGGGGGAGUGGCUUGGUCAGGAGUGGCAGUUUGAGGUGUGGUGAUGCAGGUGGUGUGUAGACUUGUGUGAUUUAACAGUGUGUCACCCCAAAGUGCAAUUCGCACUUGUCUUGAGAAUAAUUGAGUAUUUGAGAAUCAGUCAAAUGUUUAAAUAGAAAAUCCCUCCACCACUGACAUGCUGGAUUAUUGUUGAAUUUAAAAAGUAAAUUUCAUUUAACAACAAAUAUUUUCGACAAAAUGCUGUAAUUCUUUGCAGCUGCAUCCUGCUGCAAAACCUCAGGAGGUACAGUAUCAUGCGAGGGGCUGAUGCAGGAAGUGCCCCCUUUUUUCAGAGUGUUGUAACCACUAGAGAGCACAAUGAUCUGUUUCCAUUCAUCCAACAACAGUCUGAGAUUUUUGUUGUUUGUCAUCCCCAGUUUGUUGGUGACGGUAGUCCGCACCGCUCAGCAGGCAAAGACGGUGCGUUUCCUCCAUGUGGCCUUUGACACCACGGGAGACUCCUUCCUGGCUGGAGAUUACCAUGGCAACAUCUAUGUCUUUGACAUCAGCAGAAACAGGUAACACAAAAAUUAGAAAACUAAAUUGAUGAUAGGUUUUGAAUAACUUGUUUUAUUUGAUGUACAUCUGAUAAACUAACAGAUCACAAAUAUUGUAGUCAUAACUAUUAUGAUCCUCUCCCUGUCAUUACAUAAUGCUAGGUCUAAUUAGCCGUAGUGGAAGUCAUUCAUUAACAAAGAUCUUCUUCUACCAGCAGACAGAGAUGCCUGCAAAUCUCAAUCUUGAACCUAACAUUUGAUUUUUCCUGCAAUGGUAAAAGUUCCAAGUUUGACUUCAAAAACACUCUCUUUCAGGCAAAAAUUGGCCUCAAAGUGUGCAGCUCUUACCCUCAAACUCAGCCUUCUUUUACAUUUACCUGACCAGAUAUUUUCAUGCUUGUCUCUCUGAGCAGGUUUCGUCUGGUGCAGAGGACGGGACAGGCCUGCACUGCUCUGGCAUUCAGCCUCCGUCGGACCACAGAGUUCCUUGUGGCCCUGGCUGACUACACCAUCAAGUGCUUUGACAAAGGUAGGACAGCAACCCGUGUUUAAGGAUGUUUGAGCUCCGGUAUCACUUUCUUGUCCAUGCUUUUAGAAUUUAACUUGCUGUUGUUUCAUCAUCUGUUGUUACGAAAGAUGAUGCGAUGUGAAGUAUAAUCGAUAAUCCCAUUCUCUAUACUUGUCUUGUGUUUCCCUGCACAGACACAAAGCAGCUGGUGAGUUGGAUGCGUGGUCACGAAGGAGCAAUCUCAUCCAUCUCUGUUCAUAGCUCAGGUCGCUACGCCAUCAGCACGUCCUGUGACACGGCUCAGCUCUGGGACCUGGAUACUUUCCAGAGGAAGAGGAAGCUGAAUAUCAGACAGUCUGUUGGCAUUCAGAGGGUAAACACACAAACUGUAGUGGAAUCUUUACACAAAAAACAGAUGGAUCACUUCUUGAAGGUUAUCUUCCAUCUGAUAGGAGCUGUUUUUGGUCAGUUUUAAGCUCUUUUCUUGGCUCUUAUGUUUCUUGUCGUCAUGACCAGGCAUAUUUGUGUUGCAGGUGUUUUUCCUGCCUCUCAGUAACACCAUCCUCAGCUGUUUCAGUGACGACUCCAUCUUUGCUUGGGAGAGCGACACACUCUUCUGCAAAUAUCAGCUCCCUGUUCCUGACAGUGGACCCAAGAUCUCCUACAAAGCCUUCGCUGUCACACGGUGGGUCUUUCACAUUGAAAACCAAAUCGCUCAGAGAUCAGAGUAAUUCUGAUCUCUGAAUUAAGAUUAAUUAAUGCAAUCUUAAAUAAUUAAGAUUGCAUUUCCCAUCAUAAACAAAUAUAGAUAAGUAUGUAGCAGAUGGCUUUAUCAAACCCUGAUACACCUGACUUGUGUUGGCAGUAAUGGAAAGAGCCUUGCUGCUGGUGGACGCUCCAACCUGCUGCACCUGUGGUGUUUGGACAGUCAGCAGCUGAUCAGAGUGAUACAGAUGCCCUCACAGGUCAGGACUGUCCGGCAACUGGAAUUCCUGCAUGAUAGCUUUGACGGAGGUGCCAACCAGGUAAACACACAACUUGCUCUUUUUUUAUUGGAGGGUUUUGUCUAUCAGAAUCAGAAUCAGAAUCUCUUUAUUGUUCCGUAAAGGGAAAUUGGUUUUGCUUCAGGGCUCACGAAAGACAAGUACGCAAUGACAACAUAAAUUUAAAAAACAUAGAACAAUUAAAAACAUAACAACACAAUACCAGAAACACAUACACAAAACCACCAAAAAUUCAGUCCAGAGCUCAUACCGAAAAUGGAGAAAAACUACUACCAAGCAAUUAAAAGUGCAAUGUGUGCAAAUGAGCAAUAAUAGUGCAAGACAACAUGAGCAGCCUGAGGGUCAACUGCUACUCAAUAAAUAAAUAAAUUGCACUGGGGAUAAAAGAGACCUGAAAUCUUUUAGUUCUCCUCAUAGGGGCCCUAAAAUGACGGCCUGAAGGUAAAAGCUUAAACUCGCAUCUAAGUGGGUGAUUGGAACAACCCAGAAUAGCAUUAGCCUUCCUCAAGACCUGUCUGUUGUAGAGAGACAAAACCCCAGCCUGCUGAUUUCCUAUGUAUUCAAUUAUCAAAUCAAUUAUCUACAUCUUGAUUAUCUCCUGAUAGCCCCAAGUGAAAGCAGAGCGUUGUAAGUUUUGAGAGCAGGAGGGAUCUCUUCCUGUAAGAUGCAUGUAUUCACAGCAGUUCCUCAAAACAUGUGUACAUACAGAGUCUGUGUGUGGCUUUGUAACAUCUCUUUGUGUUUGACUGACACUUAAACUUGUCUCCUCUGUGAGCAUGUGUGCCCUCCUCGUGUGCUCAACGCUCUUCUCUGUCUCUGCAGACGCUCGGUGUACUGAGCCAGGACGGCGUGAUGCGUUUCAUCAACAUUCACACCUGCAAGCUGCUUUUCCAAAUGGGCUCCCACGAUGAGGCCAUUACCACAGCGGCAGUCAGUCCUAACGGCCGACACGUUGUUGCCAUCAUGGAUAAUGGCAGCAUCAAUAUCUACAGCAUUCAGAGUCUCACACAGGAACUGAACAGGGUGAGAUGAGCAGAGACAACCAAACAACGAUACGCGUAACGAGACAGCGUUGGGUGUGCGGGUGUUCAUAGUGUGCGUGUGUGUUUGUCUGUCUCCUAUCCUCAGCCUCCUCCCUCUCAGGUGGCCGUAGUCUCUGGUGGUGAAGCCGACCAGGAGUUGUCAAACCUGAAAGUCAAAGUCAGGUCAGAGGUUGUCCAGAGACCAGCAAAGAGUUCUGGUAGACGGACUCAAGUCAAGAUAUUCAGACCCCCUGUUGGAUCUGCAGCUGAGGAUAAAGAGGUAGAAACAACUCACAAAUAACCUAAAAGAAAGAGGUUUUCUCGCUUUCUUUGUGUGAAAACAGUGUUUAUGUUUUUCAUCCCUGAAUAGAACGAACUUCCUGCUGGUCUGAACAAAAAGAGACUUGUUUCUAUGCUCAAAGCCUUUGGAGAAUAUCCUGCUAAAUACAGGUAACAGUAGAUGAAGUCAUAGAGAGUGUAACUUUCAGCUCCUUUCUGUUUGACAAAGUUAACCAGACGUAUUCAUGUGUCUGUGCUGCAGGAUGUUUGUGUGGCGGUCUUUGUUGUGUCUCCCAGAGAACCACGCAGCGUACAGCAGUCUCACAGAUAAAGGUCUGCACACGGCUUACCUCAGUCUGCAGGAUAAAUACCCCAUCAAGAGUCACAAGCUCCAGAGGGGGCUACAGAGGUAUCCCCUUUUCUUUUAAUUCAUACAAACAAGUAUUUUGAGUCCAAAGUUUAGAGGUUUCAAAACAAAUGUGUUACUCUGUCCUUUUCUCCUCUCCACAGGGUUUUGUCUGCCUUUGCUCACUGGGCAGCCAUCUUUGGGGAGGUGGAGUACCUUCCCCUGGUGGCUUUUCCAUUUGUGAAGCUCUUUCAGAACAACCCAAUGCUCUGCUUCGAGGUGGUGGCCACUCUGAUAGGUAUUUAUUGUUCAUUUCAACUUAAGCCUUACUUUAAAUUAAUGCCAGAACAUCCCUUUAAUCGACAUGUUUGAAAGCUCUACAUUGUUGGAGUCAUGCCAAGUUCAUCAUCUUUAUACGUCUUUAUACUUUUCCUGAAUCUAAACGGAGAAGCUCUGUCUCAGUUUGUGAGGCUCUCAAAUGUCUCAUAUUGUUUCUUUGGCUCUCAGUGAAUUGGUGUCAGCAUUGGUUUGAAUAUUUCCCCAACCCUCCUCUGAACAUCCUGAGUAUGGUGGAGAACGUUCUGGCUCAUCAUGACCAAGAGCUUCUGCAGCACUUGGUGGACUGUGGCAUCACCUCGCAGGUAACAGCAGCACACAAACAAAGGCUUUCUGUUUUCUUGGCCCUGUUCGAAAAUAUCACCUCUUCAUAUGCAAAUCACAGCAAGAAGGUUCCUGGUUCAAACCCCUGGCCGGAGGGGCCUUUCUUUGUCUCAAUCCAAACACAUGUUCAUCAAGUUAAACUGGCUACUUCAUAUUGCUCACAGGCAUAAGUAUGUGUGCAUGAUUACCUCUAUAUGUAAGCCUCUUAAUAGUCUGACAACCUGUCCAGGAUGUACCCAGUCUCUUGCCUGAUGACAGCUGAUUCAGGCUCUAAUUUCCCUGUGACCUCACACAGGAUAAGGAGUUGAGGUUGUGGCUUUCUCUCUCUGUUGCAGCUCUAUGUGUGGCCCCUGCUGGAGACUUUGUUCUCUGAGGUUUUGACUCGCGAUGAGUGGCUCAGAUUCUUUGACAACAUCUUCUCCAAUCACCCGUCAUUCCUGCUCAUGGCCUGUGCUGCUUACAUCACCUGCUGUCGUGAACCUCUGCUGCUGUGUUCACAGAAACAGGACUUUGAGGUAAACACGUGUUGGCAGUUGUGGUCUAAUGAGGAUUCAGACAAUUUUUUCUGUAUUUUCUGGUUGGUUUCUACCGUCCGGUAUUCUAGCACGUUAACUUUGUUUGGGCUCCUGAACGACACGGGGGAGCAGCGUCUGCCUCACAACCAAUCAGGUUGGGGAAGGCGGGGAAUGGCUUUGUUUACAGCCAGAAAGAGCGGAGCGCUCUAAAAUUUUAAAAUGUUGACUACACAGACAUAACAAAACACAGCGAUAUCGUUAUAUUACCAAAUGUCAUCAAUGACUAAUAGCUAUUGACUGAUAUUAAAAGCUUUUUUUGAAUAUACACCACAAAAAAGAUGCUUCUUUAGCGGCUUCCUGCCUACCCCACCUUUAACAAUAAAGACAAAAUUUUCCCUCAUUACUAUAUUUUUUUUCUUUUUAGUAUUUUUUCCACCACCGUAACAACCUGGAUGUAGGGGCCAUGAUAAAGGAGGCGUAUCAGCUCAUGAGCAGCACUCCAGCUGACAUCCACCCAAAGACUCUACUCUCUGACUUUACACCCCUAACCAAAGGGCAGUAUCCUGUGUUCAACCAUUACCCAGAAUUCAUUGUGGAAUACCAGAGCCGGGAGAGGGAGAAGAUCCGACUCCAGGAGCUGGAGUAUCUCCGCGAGAGGUGGGAUAAUGGUGUUUUAUAGAAAUUCAUACUACUUGAGCUCAGUUAAGUUUGUGUGUGAACAUGUGUUUUUGUCUCAUCAGGCAGGAAUUGUCAGCUUUGCGUGCAGAUUUUCUGCGCCGCCAGGCUGAAGAAGAAACCUACUACGCACAGCAGGUAGAUUUUUUUUAAAGUUUUUUAUUUAUUUAUUUUUUUUAAUUCUUGCAAAAUUACAAGAAAGAAGUGACUUGACACAAAUUGAUGAAAAAGGGAUACAGAAAAAAGAACAAAACCAAGCAAAAAAUAUAUAUAAAACAGUUAUACAUAGGUGAGGUAAAGUGGGUGUACCAAGGCUUAAAAGUCUGACAUCUAAAAACAUACAGAAAAUGAGAGAAUAUCAAGAAUCCCUCCAUAUAAAUAUAAAUAAUACAAAUUAAAAGUAGAGAUUAAACAGUAGCCUACUAAAUAAUGAUACUAACAGUGACUUGUUUUUAUCAUGAUUAAUUACAACUGUAAAAUAAAUAAUACAUUUGAUUAUUAAUGUUAAAUAGAUCAAUAAAAGCAGAUCCAAAAAAGAGGAAAACACAUCUUUGUAUGUAUUAUAAGCAGCAAAUGAUGUAAUGUGAUUAAACUGAACAAUUGAAAAACAAAACAAAGAUGUAUACACUAUAUGUAAGAGUUUUGAUUGUGUGAGAGGCUGAUUUUUUAAAGUUCUUCCUGAGCGUGGCUUUUAGUUGUGAUGUGUUUUGGGUCGGUAGCAUAGUCGAUCCUCAUGUAAAAACUAGAACAAGGCUUUAGUGACCUAAAUCAGUGUGUCUUUGAUUUGUACACAGGAGCUGCUGCAGAAAGCGGAGGAACAGCGCCGAAACAUCCUGGCACAAGAGGAGGAAAAGCUAACCCAGCAGAGGACAAAGUGGGUAAAAAUACACUCCUGACCUCUCAGGUUGAAAGACAGAGAAAUUGAAUGAUGUGAAAGCACAGUUUCCCUGUCUCUCUCCAUCCUUUGUAGGUUGGCAGCCAUGAAGAGAGAGCUGAGGGUGAAGGAGUUACAGCUGCUGGAUGCAACAAGGAGGCGUUUUCUCAAACACCAGCAGGACCUGAGAGCCUCACAGAUCCAGGGGUUGGAGCAGGAGAUCAGCAGAAAGGUAAAAAUGACAGCACAGAUAAGAUUUAGUCUAUUUGUCAGCGGCCCACAUCGGCCUGUGGACCAUAUAUCAGUUUUCUUUACUUGAUACUGCAUCCCCGGACACAGAGGAACCAUUUUCAGUGUUUUUCUUGACACUAAACUGAAUUACUUCAAUGACAACUUGUUGCACGUUGUCUUGUCUCUACUUUUUAAAAACAUUCACAAAUUUGUACCAAAAGCUGGCAUAUCUUGUCAUUUAUACAGCUAAGCAAUAACCUUUAACAUAAAGGCUUUCUGCUCUGCUCCAGAUGGAUCUGCGAGAGCAGGAAACAGCUGCUGCAGUUCAGGAUCUCGAAGUCAGACAGAUGGAGCUGGAAGCUCAGAGGAGGCAACUUGAACAGGUGACAAACAUUCAGCCUUCUUGAAACUACCUUUACCAUCUUAUCCCCUUUUUAACUCCAUUUACUCCCUGACGUGUUAUUAACCGAACAAGAAAUAUUAAUUUGAUGUAAGACAGUGAAUUGUUAUGGAACUGCUUGAUGAAGUUUGGGGCAUAACGUUAAAAAUCUUCCAUUUUCUUCAGCACCUGUUGAAGGAGCAGGAGCACACAGGACGAAGGGUGGAGGAGGAGGUGGAGAUGAGGAUGAGGAGGGCAGAAAGGGAGGGGGAAAGCUACACAGAGCUGCUGCACAGCACAGAGACAAACAUCCAGGUCAGUAGAGACCCGGUGGAGUCUGUGGAAGUGUAUAAUAUCAACACAUGUUGUCAUAGAUCUUGACACACUCAAACAUCGGUUUAAACAAUCAAAGCCACAAUCAUCCAGACUCGGAUUUGGGCAGAGACACCGUUUCCUCUUGUAUUUAUGAACCUUCUCUCUGUACACACAAACAGGCCCUGGAGGAGUCCCUAGCGGAGGCGUGCCAGCUGGGCUCGGACUUGGACUGGCAGAGAGAGGUGGCGGAGCGACUGCAGCAGGUGGAGGCUGAGCAGGAGAGGAAGAAGAAGAGACUGGCAGAGCUUCACAGACAAACCCUGGCAGAGGAGGAGAGACUGGCUGACACCAUGAGAGAUGUGGCGGGAAGGAAGGUGAGAGCUACAGGAGUAUUUUUGUAAACACAUUUAUUUACAUAAUUGAAUUAAUUCAUGAAAUAUGUCUCCAAUAAAAGCUGUAAAACAUGAACAAAGUAUUCAUUCCCUCUCUUACACUCCUGAAGACAAAUUCAGGAAUUAGGAAGAAUCAUGGAUUUCAUUAAACGCUAAGUGCUUGUUAAUUUUCAGUGGGAGGAUGUGAUGAGAAGCAGAGCUCAGCUACAGGAGCAGCAGCAGCAGCCCUCGUCUUCACCACACACAGGUACUCUUUAAUCUACUCCAGUCCACCAGCCAUGAACUCUAUAUUUUAUUCAAAAUUUUUUUUUUUUUAUUGUGAUCAACUUUUAUUUAAUUUCAGUGAGAAAAGUAGAGCGGUACAAGUCAGUGUUAUAGAAAUGAAUAAUAAGAUAUAUAUACACAUAUACCCAUACUCAUAAAUGUAUAUAGAUACAUAAAAAUAAAAUAAAUGAAAAAUAAAAAAAUAAAAUGAAAAAUAAGAUGAUAAAUGUAUAAAUAGAAAUAAGUAAAAUAAUAAUAAAAACAAAUAAAUAACAGGUUAAAUAAUAAUAAAUUACAUGUGCAUGUAGCAAGAUCAAAGAAAAAUAAGUAAAUAAAAAUUCAAACCCCCAGAUCCAGAUUGCAAGAACCUUAAUCACGCAUUACAGUUAAAGCACAUGGAGGACAGCUAAAAGCGAGUUACAAGCUUUUACUGCAUAUCCUUCGGCUCCCUGUACUCGAGCUGUUGACAGCUCUAAAUAGACACUGUUUUGGUGUGUUAAAAUCCAUGCUCGGAAGAAAAGUGUUUUUUGCAGCUGUGAUUCCCGCCACCAAUGCUCUCCUCUCGUCCAGUGUCAAACCCAGCCCUGACAAAUCAUUCAAAAAUUAGUGUGGUGGGCAAACAAAGCAACCUGAUCUUGCACAGCUUAGAUAGAUUCAAGGCAACCAUUUUCCAAAAUUCUGCCACUGGUGUACACUCCCAGAACAUGUGAAAAUAACUGCUGAUGGCGUUUGCAGAAAGUAACGUACAUGUAGGAUAAUUUAUAACUUUCAUCAAAUGAAGCUUCUUAGGAGUAAACUAUGCUCUGUGUAUAUAAUUAAAGUGUGUAUUUUAUUCAAGGUUAUAUAUUAUUUUACUUUGUACCAGAUGGACUGGAACAGCCAGGGCCUUAUAGACCCAGCACCACCUCUGCUGCCUGUGUAGGAACCAGCACUGCAGGUCUGUCAGUCAAACCAAACUCUACCUCCUCCAAACAGACCGGAACCAACAUGACGUGUCUGAACAGCCGUUCACCUGCAGAGAGCACUUCCACUGUUUGUAAGUCAAGCUAUAUGAGAUCUUAAGAGUUGAAAAAAAAAAGCCCAACUCCUCAUAUUGCCAAAAGUAAAACCAUCAUUUAUUUUGAGUUUUUCUUUAAAUAACUGACGGAUAAGAUUAAUCUGUGGUUGAUUACUGAUUUAAUGCACUUGUUUUCGAAGUUUCAUGUCUUAAGUCUAUUAUCAACUCUGUUAGCUGAUGGUACCAAAUAUUCUUUCUGUCAGUUUCUCUGGACCGCGGCCGCGCCCAGCUGGACAGCAGCGAGAGAGAACUGCUGAAGGAAAUCAGAGAACUGAGACAUAAACUUGCAGCCAGAGCCAGAGAGAGCAUCUCUGCCUCCUCACAGUCUGUCCACACUCUGUCCUCUGUCUCUCAGUGACCAUGGACGGCUCUGUGUCCCCACAGGGUCACACAAACAUAUUCUCAUCUCAUGCAAGCGGAGACAACAGAAACACUGACUCAGACUGUUUUUUAACGUGCUUGCAUCCCAUCUGUUUCUCCUGCUAUAUCAUCUACAUAUCACUUACACGACCAAAGAUGAAGAGUUUAACUUCUUAUGAACCACUGUCUCAUUAAACUGUCUCUUUCAGUCUGAAUGUUUAUGUUCUAGUAAAGAAUCAGAUUAAUCCUCUUGGUCUUGGCUGUGCUGCUGCGCCGUGUGAUGAGCACAUGACUCUUCAGCUUGUGUCAGUUCUUAGAAAUCCAAGGGUUCAAACGCUCCCCCUCUUAGCAGCAGUUUUGUUGACUAAAACUCACUUCUGUCUGUCGCCACUUACUCACUGAUGUUACAAUAGGCCCUAUUGUGAAUUGUGUUGUCUGCAGAAGGGAACCUGUUAGUUGCUAUGUAACACUCUGUUGUGAUACCACUAAAAGUGUCCUCAUACCACCUUUAAUUUAUUUUUUAUUUGUGCACUUUUUACUGUGUUUUUCAUUUGCAGCUAGCAAAUAAAUCUGAUUUUUAUGAUUUUGUUGAAUUGUGUCUGAUUUACACUACAGGCCAAAAGUUUGGAAGCAAGGCCAUUACAGGCCAAACAGUUGGGAGUAACGUCAAGUUUUUGUUCA